AUGGUGAUCAAAUCUGUGACGCUUCAUCCUUUUCCCUACAGCCCCAGGAGCGGCAGGAUUCGCAGCAAUGAGACGCCCGUUGACGUCCAAGCCCUAAAAAAGAAAGUCAGCAGGGUGACAGGCGACCCGGCGGCCCGCGCCAUCCUCAGCAGCCUGCUGCUCUACGUCGCCGACCGCGAGGACGGGCCCCGGGGGCCUCCUCCCGCCAGGAGGCCAGAAGGCAGGGUGAGCAGGACCAGCCCGGCGCCCGAGCCCCGGGACGGCCAGCGGCGACCCACACGCUUCCAGCUCCUCAAGGCCAAGUUCACGGGCACCGGCCGGGAGCCGCGCCCCAAGAGGCCCCGGGAGGUGGGGCGGCUGAUGAUCAAGGACAGGCCGGGCCCCGGCAGGAGCCUGGUGACGGCCACCGCGCACGAGUUCCCGGAGAAGGCCGGGGAGGGAGCCGGCCGCCCCGCGCGGGGCCGGGAGCCGCUGGCUCGCCAGAAGCCCCGGGGGCCCCCCGCCGGCAGGAGCUCGGUAAAGAGCAUCCUGACGGUGUUCCUGGCCGCGGGGGAGAAGGAGGCCGAGCAGGAGCCUCCCGCGGCGCCGCCCGGAGCCGCCCGGGGCCCCCGCCAGGGGGGCGGCCGGCGGAGCGCCGCGCUGGCCAAGCUGCGGGAGACCUUUGAGCGGAGCGGGGGCCGCCGCGCCGAGGCCGGCCUCCUGGCGCCGCGCGCGGACCCGCACACGGAGAAGCGCCGGCCCGAGCGCCGCGGGCCCCGCACGGCCGCCCCGGCCAGCACCUGCGUCCGGGCGCCCCCCGUCCGCUGCCUGGCCGCCCCGGCCGAGCCCCCGCUGCCCUUGAGCGUCGCCACCGUCGGCGGCGGCCCCCGCAGCUGGAUGUCCCACGGCGCCAGAGGAGAAACGGGCACGGCCCCCCGCGCGCGGGAGACGCCCGGCGGGAGCCACGCGCCAGGCUGCGGGCAGCCCCGGCAGCCCUCCGCGCCCAGCGCCGGCCCGGAGACAGCGCUCCCGGGUGCGGGGCCCGGCGGUGUCCCCAGGGCGGGCCCCUCGCCCGCCUCCCCCUGCGGUGAGGUCCCUCCUGGCCGCGAGCCCGUGAUGAGCCCACGGGGACCAGGCAGCCCGGGGGGCACGGCGGCAGCGGAAGGCGGCGGCAGGACGGGCGCCGCCCAGGGGCCGAGGGGAGCAAGGCUGGGCCCCCGGCCGGGGCUCGUGGGGGGCGGAGCGGGGGCUGCCCCUGAAGUCGCCCCGACCGUCUGCAGUUCAGAGGAUGAAACGGAAAGAAUGACUGCAGACUCGGAGCCAGACCCCCUCUUCGCUGUCCAGGAGGGCUGCCCAGAAGAGCGGGCGCCGGGGCAAAUCUCCCCACUCGCGGCGCGCGCAGCCCAGGCCGCGCGGCGCACACAGCCGGCCGCGGAGUCUCCGCAGGCCACGGCCAGACUCCCGGCUGUCCACGCAGUGCCGCCCCCUCCUGCCGCCCUGCGGAGGGCACCAGGCCCUGAACACCAGGGCUGGCGUCUUCUGGGAGGAGAGGGUGUGACUGCAAAUGCAGGCGCCCCCACUCCCACUACGGCCGAGGGUGGAAGUAGGGGCGCCCCGUCGUCGGCAGGUCUGAGCCCGCCCACCCCGCCACAGCAGGGCCCAGGGGCACAGCCAACGCUCGCGCCUCCGCCUCCGGGAGCUGCCUGCCAUGGUCCAGACGUCCCCGAGGCAGUUCCCACGACGAAAUCGCAGAAAACUUCCCCUGGAAGAAAGGAAGCCAGACGCAGCCCUGGGACUUCACACAGGCUCCCGAAGCACCAGGACAUUUGGAGAGAGGACGCUUCCCAGUUAAGUUCUAAGACGCCUCUGCCUCCAGGACGCGAGGAAAGGCCGGCUGGUGACGCCGGCUCCUCAUCACAUCGGUCCGCGGCCUCGGAAAACCGAUGGAGGGGACUCGCCGGCUGUGCCCCUGGCGGUCCGCAAGCGCUGGAGCCCAGGGUUCCCGGGAGGAGCGAGGUGAGUGUCUCCAUGAGGCCAGAAGCACCGGCCCAGGACGGGAGGAGGCCUGAGAAUCUGCCCUCGGUGGACAAGCGCCCUCCGCGUGCGCAGGAAGGACACAGGGGGCCCCCGUCGUCCUUGGAGCCAGCCCAGCCCCUGCUGACGGCCGAAGGGAGAGCCAGCCACGAUCCUGGCGAGAACAGAGCGAGCUCCUUAAAUGAACGAACACAGCCGAGGAGCGUCAAAGCCCCCGGGCGGGAGACGGCUGCAGGGGCCUCCAGGAGCCCCCCAGCCCUGGCGCCGGGUGAUGCCCCGAGCCCUGGAAGCCGGGUGGCCGAGGAGCAGGAGGAAAGGGGCGCCGCCCGGCCCACAGAGCCGGGUCUCGCGGCCCAGGAGCCUGAUGGCCAGCCCGGGGGCCGCAGCGUGCGCAGAGCCUCGGGGUCCCUCCCCGCCCCACCUCGGGAGGCCGCCGGUGCCCAGACCCUGCCUGUCGAGCCCCACGUGGCAGCUCCAGGGGAACUGGCCGCAGAUGAAAGGAAGGCGGCAGCUGGGGGCAGCGUCUCGGGUGCUGCGUGGCAGAGCCCUCGGGGGCGCGGCCCAAAGCCCCCGGCUCCAAGCCCGGAUCUCCCGGCACCUCGGGGGAGCCACGUGGCGGGGACUCUGAGCCGCGCUUGGGGCCCUGGGCCGCCGCCUUCUGCGAGCCAGCGGGCCGAGGGCGGGACGCGCAUCGCACCCGGGGAACCGCUUCCCCUCAGUGCCGGGCCUUCCUGCCUGCCUCCCCCCGCGUCCACAGCGGCGGACGGGCCGAGGGCCGAGCCGGUGUUCCGGAAGCACCCCGACCUCCGGGCCCCCAGGGAAGUCACGGGCCGGGAGAGGGCCGGCCUGGGCGGCGGAAAACGUCCCCGUGGGCAAGAGGAGGGGCCGCCGGGGGCUGCGAGUCUGCAAGAUCCUGGAAGGAAAGGAGAAGGCCUUGGGGGCGAGAAGGCCCGCUCGAGUGGGGCUGAAGAGGCUGUGGACGGUGACCCGACGGCCCCGGCGGAGGCUCCCGGCCCGCACACUGGGAAGAGCCCAGAGUGGCCGCAGGGGCAGCGGGCGAGGCACACAGAGGGCCCCGCUCAGGGACGUGGGGCCCCGGCUGCAAAGAACCCAGCUCCUCCCCGCGCAGGAAGCCCGGCGCACGCCGCCCAGGCCCAGGCCGGCAGGACGGCCCCCCCUGACUCGGCUCAGCCCGCGAGCAGGGCAGCGGAGGUGGUGCCCCCCGCGGGCAACAACGAGGCGUCCCGGAGACCGGCAGCCUCCAGGGGUGGCCAGGGGGCUCGCGGAGAGCCACGCGGGCAGGGGGAGAGCCCGACGGCCCCCGGGGCCCGGCCAGCGCCUGGCUCCACCGUGCCCUCGGCCGUGCUAGACGGCUGCCCCACGGCCCGCGCCCCUUCCCCGGGGGGGCCCCCGGACACUCAGGGACGUGGGCGCGGCGGCAGGGGCGCGCACCUGGCCAAAUACACAGCCCAGAGCUUCAGCGACCAGAGGUCCUUCGAGUUGUCCUUUAGACCAGCCGUCCUCAGGGCCAGCGACACGUUCGCGCUUCCCAAGUGA